AUGGCGGCGGAGCGGGACCGGCGGCUGCCUGGGCUCGGCGCGGCUCGGCUCCCAAUGGCAGCGCAGGGCGGGCGGCGGCCCCCGCGCCGCCGCCUCCCUCACGGCUGCGGCCGCGGGGCCACCGCUCCUCCCGCUUCCCUCGCGGCACCGGGGCUGCCCCUCAGGGCCCCGGGCACGGUGAUCCCCCUCAGGCAGCCCCUCUUGGCCCCGGGCACGGCGAUCGCCCUCGGGCAUCCCCUCGGGGCGAUCCCGCCCCGCCGCCCCCUCACAGACACCCAUUUGUGCCCUCCUAGACAACUCCCUGGAAACGGGGACCCCCUGCCCCUCCACAGCCGCCCUUCUCCUCAGCGAUGGCCGUGUGUCCACCCUCAGACAUUUCCCUGGAAACAGGCACCCCCUGCACCUCCGGAGCCCCCCUCGUCCCCUCAGGCCUCCCCCUCUUGCCCUCAGGACAAAGGGAUCCAGGUCAAUAAGAAGUCGGAUUUUGGAGAGAACACAGGACAGGCUACACAACCCCCUGAGAUUCCCUCCUGCCCCAAGGGGAUUCAGCAACCCCAAAAACCUCACACUGCUGCAGGUGCAGAAGCUUUGAUUCCUCAUGUAACUAAGGAAGCUCUGAGAUUCCUGGGCAACUUCAGUGCCAACAGAUGCCCAACAACACGAUGCUCUCUAAAGCUAGCUUGCACAAACCUGACCAGCUGCCAGACAAGCAUCAAUGCAGCAACAACAGCAGGACUGUUUUCCCAGGUCACCUGGAAGGGGAAUGUUUUUUGCCAACGGGUUCAGCCAGUGCUGGCCUCUAAGACUGUCAAGCAGGAAAGGGAGCAAGGGGGAGAAAGUCAUCUCUCUUAGACAAUAACUCUCCAGGGAAGGGGUGUAAAAGCCUUGUCAUGCUGAAGCCUGACUUAAAACUUUAUAUUGCAAGUAGGCUGUGGUUUGGUUUUUUUUCUCCUUUACAAAUGGUUUC